AUGGGUGCCAUGUCGAUGCUCGUCUUGCUGCUCACACAUCCGGUCGAGUUCCGGACUCUCAUCCAGUACAAGCUAUACCACGAGUCCAAUCGCGACGUCAGCGCGCCGAGCGAGCACAUACACUCAGGAUGGGACCGUCCCUCUAUGCGGAGGUGCUGGGAGUUCCUGGAUUUGACGAGCAGGAGUUUUUCUGGCGUGAUUAAGGAGCUCGAAGGCGACCUGGCAAGGAUUAUCUGCUUAUUUUACCUCGUCCUCCGAGGGUUGGAUACUAUCGAAGAUGACAUGACAUUACCAGACGAGAAAAAGCAACCCCUCCUCCGUUCCUUCCAUGAAUUGACCCUCACGCCGGGAUGGACGUUCAACGAGAACGGCCCAGAUGAGAAGGACCGGCAGCUACUCGUCGAGUACACCGUCGUCAGCGAGGAGUUGAACCGCGUCGAUGCAAGAUACCUAGAUGUCAUCAUCGACAUCACCAAAAAGAUGGAGACAGGCAUGGCCGACUACGCCCACCGCGCGGCGACAACCGGUCAACUCUAUAUCGAGAAGGUCGCCGAGUACGACCUCUACUGCCACUACGUCGCAGGCCUCGUCGGCGAAGGCGCCACGCGCCUCUGGUCUGCCUCGGGCAAAGAAGUGCCUUGGCUCGGCGAGCAGCUCGAGCUCGCCAACUCGAUGGGCCUCAUGCUACAGAAGACGAACAUCAUCCGUGACUACCGCGAGGACGUCGACGAACGGCGCUUCUUCUGGCCCCGCGAGAUCUGGGGCCGCGAGCUGUAUGGCAAGGCCGUCGGGCGCUCCGGGUUCAAGGAGAUGGCGGAGAUGUACGAGCCGGAGAACCGGCAGCAGGCGUUGUGGGUGCAGAGCGCGAUGGUUGCCAACGUCCUCGCGCAUGCUGUGGACUCUCUGGAUUACCUCCGCCUGCUCAAGACGCAGAGUGUGUUCAAUUUCUGUGCGAUCCCCCAGACGAUGGCGAUGGCGACGCUUUGCUUGUGUUUCAUGAACUAUGAGAUGUUCCAGCGGAAUAUCAAGAUUCGCAAGGCCGAGGCGGCAUCCCUGAUCAUGCGGUCUACGAACCCGCGAGAUGUCUCAUACAUCUUCCGAGAUUACGCACGCAAGAUUCACAGCAAAGCCGUGCCCGAAGAUCCGAGCUUCCUCCAAAUCUCCGUUGCAUGCGGCAAGAUCGAGCAGUGGUGCGAACACCACUAUCCCUCAUUCGUGACCCUCUCGCAAUCAGCGUCUGGAGCGAACGCCCAGCAGGUAUUCGACCCCUCAGACGCACGCACGCAGAUCGCCGAGCUAGCGCAGAAGAAGGACCAGGAGCUUGCGAUCGAGAAGCGGCUCAAGGAGCGCGGGCUGGCAAACGGCAGGGUGCCCCGCGACGAGCGGCCGGACGAUGGCAAGGAGAUCAUGUACUACGUGAUUGCCGCUUUGGUCCUCAUCUUUUCCGUCAUCGUCGGAAUUGUUUGGGUGGUCGUCCAAUACCUUCAGCAUCAGAACGCGUAG